AUGUCGAGAGGCCCGCUGCCAACCCAGCUUUGCCUCCUAUCAGACCUGUUGUCCAAAUCACCAGGUGCAAAGGUCCGGUUUCUAGGAUGUGUCACCUCUUACUCGACGGUAUCAGCUGUGCUUACUCUAAAGCAUGACUUCCCUCAGGGAUCGAACGUCACUGCAUUAGUCGACGUCAGUCUCCUUCUAGAGACCCUCAAGUCAGCCGAAACAAGUAUCGGCGAGUGGGUGAACGUGAUUGGCUAUGUCACACCUGCUCCUUCGGGAACGCGGACCAGAGGGACGAGCCGCAACCCGCAGAACGUGGCCAUCCAGGCGCUGCUACUCUAUUCUGCCGGACCUCUGAAUGUUCAGCGGUACGAAACGAACUUUGGUGCGGACUGA